AUGUUUUUCUUCUUUACCUGCGGGACGCACACAUUCACCUCCGCCCUCAAAGGCGCUGAAGGCCUGACCUUCCAAUGCCAAAACUGCGGCAACCACUCGGCGCGCCCAAUGAAGCGCUGGGAGUGGUUCACCUUCUGCUUCGUACCCGUCAUCCCGUUCAGCCUCAAACCUUACAAGGAGCUCGGCUGCCACAUCUGCAACUUCUGGCAGGACGUCAAAUACCGGCCGGACGUGCAGGCUCAGAUUGGCGGGGCGGGAGGUGUGCCGCCGCAGGGACAGGGAUACCAGAUGGGCGGGCAUGAGCAGGGCACGGGGAAGCCUGGGUAUGGGCCGCCGCCCGCGGGUGUGCCGCAUCAGUAUCAGUAG